AUGUCUCCCAAAGCACUAGCCCUUGCGCUCAUGAUCAUCUUUGUGAGCUUCACAGGGGGGGAGUGUUAUGGUGAACUUCAGAUGGGGUUUUACAGGGGAAAAUGUGGGUUUCUAGAUGUGGAAACUAUUGUAGCAAGUGUUGUCAAGGCUAAGUUUUUCGGGGACCCUACAAUUGCCGCCGCCCUCAUUCGCAUGCAAUUCCAUGACUGCUUUGUCAAUGGAUGUGAUGCAUCGAUUCUGCUAGAUGGGAGCUCCAGCGAGAAAACUGCACCACCAAAUCUAAGUGUGAGGGGGUAUGAUGUGAUCGAUGCAGUAAAAGAUCAAGUAGAGAAGUUCUGUCCUGGGGUUGUCUCUUGUGCUGAUAUCAUUUCUAUGGCUAUAAGGGACGUCGUUUUCUUGAGUGGAGGAGGGAAAUACAACGUCCAAACGGGGAGAAGGGAUGGUUUUGUAUCUCUUGCCAGUAAUGUUGAUCUUCCUAGUCCUACAUUAUCAGUAGCUGAAUCCAUUGCUGCAUUUGCUAGAAAAGGACUCACUGAUACAGACAUGGUUUAUCUUCUUGGUACACUAAACAUUUGCCUCCUCCUCCAUAUAUAUCUUGUUACUUCAACUAAUUCAAGCACAGUUUAA